AUGCCGCGCCGACGCAGGGGCGUCGUCUUUCAACCCUAGGAACUGAGCGAGUAGUGACAGCCCCACCCGAGGGCGAGUGUUGUGAGUGACUGAAUAACCGCGGAAUUUCACCGAAGAGUGUCACAGCGAAACAACAGUAGGUCGCCCUUCAGGGCGUUCAUCGCCAUCGCCAUGUGGCCCCCUUGCCGGUGGCGACCGGGCGCCGUAAAACCAGGGCGCGUACGGACCCUCUUCUGACAUGGGGAAUGAAGAGAGCCAACAAGGGGGAGCCGCCGCCCCCGGACAACCGCAACAGGGUACCCCUUUUGGAAUGGGCGGCGGACCUCCUCAGCCCCGGUUCGGGGGCCCUACUCAACAGGCACCGGGCAUGCGGCAAGUGGCCCCAACAGGCCGACCGAUACUCCGGCCCGGUGGCCCGGGCCCACCCCAGCCGGUGAUGGGGGGUGCAUUUCCUGGCGGUGGCCCUAGGCAGCAGAGUCAACCAGUUCGCCCUGUUCAAGUGGGCGUUCAACCAUGGGCUGAACCUCCAGUACAACAACCAGCGAGGUUUCGCGGGUCUGUGCCGCAAACACCAGUUCCGCAAGCAAGGGCGCCCCAGCAAGUUACGCCCCUGCGACCCCUGACACAAGUACAACAACAACAGCAACAAUUACAACAGCAGCAGCAGGCCAAACAGCAACAACAACAACUGAUGAUGGACGAGAAUUUGGGUUUAGAUUUAAGCGAUUUGUCUGAAGCAGAAAAGGAAAAAAUCUUAUCUGUUAUGGCACGAGCUCAGGAUUUGGAUGAAGACUACGAGAGGCACAAACGAGCGAAAGACGAGACCGACAUUUGCCCGCAGUUGCUGUGUCCACUGUGUCAGUUGGUUGAUUUAGCCACCGAAACGAACAAAAUGUGCGGAGACUGCGGCAAGAACUUCUGCCAGAAGUGUGGAACCUUCGUCCCUGGGGAAGGAAGGAGGUCGGUGUGGGUGUGUAACACCUGCUCCAACCGGAGAAAACAGCAGAGUGCGGCCAUGGCAGCUGGGCACCAAGACACAACCACUUACACAAUGGCAGGUCAAAAGGUUGCUGGAGACCCGAACCGGAAGGACGAGACCAUGUCACGUGAGUACCUACAUCCAGGUUCAGUAGAUGAUGUAGUUUCCCUCCCUACAGAGACAGGUCCAAACGAGUACUAUCUCCUGAUGGAAGAUGACGACGAUGACUGGGGAAGGUCAGUCCUCUCGGGAGAGGACAGUUCUCCGGGAAUCGCGAAUGCAAACGACGACGGCUUCAGCGACCGGACAUCCAGCAUACGACUGAUGCUCGAAGAAGAGGAUGACGACGAGGAAGAUGCUUACGACAGCGACGAGGACAACAGGGGGGGAGGAGGUAGCUCCACCCUCCCCUAUUACGACCGCAGCCCGGGGGAGGUGUACACCAUCCCUGAGGAAGAGGAAGACUUGACCUCACCGAUGUCCCAUGGAACAUGGGACGGAGACCUCAACCCGGACACAGCUUCAUCUUUACUCCGUUGGAGAGGUAUGGGCCAGCCAUUCCAGCCUCAGCAGCAACAACAACCCAUGACAACAUUGACCACUGGUCAGCAAUCUGUAUCUCUUUUGGGCACAUCGUCAAGUGGUGGAGGAUUUGUGUCUGGUUCCUUAAUACCGAGCAGUGCAGUGAGUGGAGGCAUGGGGAGGGGUAGUGGGACCAUCCCUAGGACCGUGCCUCUUACGGCGCUGUCCCAGACGCUGCAGCAGCAACAGCAGCCUAUGUGGCCCAAUUCUCAGCCCCAGCAACAAGGACAGCCAUUGCAAUCGCAACCACAAAAUCAAUGGAAUUUACAACAAGCACAGGUACAACAGCAAGUGAAUCAAGUAGGACCACAACAACUGUCAAUGCAAAUGAAUUCUCAGAAAUCGAAGCCCAUGGAUUUGGUUCCAGGAAUGAUGAUGACAACCCAACAACAACAACAAAUGCAAAUACAACAGCAACAGCAACAACAGCAGCAGAAGCAACAACAGCAGCAGCAACAACUGAAGGGACAGAAGGGUCAAAAGGUGGGUGAGCAGCAGGACUGGUCCCCAGGGACUGAUCUGUCCCCCAUCAUGGAUGUCUCACCUUCACUUGAAGCUGCGGAGCAAGAACUAAUGGAGAAGUGCCAGGAGGCUGACCAGCUGAGGCCGAUACCACGAGCCACCUCCGGGACGAUAUCGGGCAUGUUGGCCGACUUCAACAAGGCGCUCGGUCUGGCUACCACGCCCACGCUAGACGACGGUCAGCAACGGAGUCUAGUGGCUACAACUACGACAACGGCUCCUCAACAGCAAAUGAGCGGCAUAGUUGGUAGUGGCGGAAUGGCCCCAACGUCAAUUAUACCAAAUGGCACGGAGAUGGACCAGAACCAGAAUCUCGUGCAACAGCAGUUCCAGCUUCAGCAGCAACAGCUCAUGAUACAACAACAACAGCAGGUGAUAGCACAGCAACAGCAACAACUACAACAGCAAGCGCAUCUUCAACAGCAGAUGCAACAACAACAACAGCAGCAACUACAAAGCCAUCAGCAGCUCCAAAGUCAGCAGCAACAGCAGCAGGUUUUGUUGCACGAUAUGCAACAGCAACAACAACAGCAACACGUUAUGCAACAGACAUCUCUCGUGCAGCACCAACCGGGAGUCGUCAUUGGUGGAGCUCCGAUGCAGCAGCAGCAGCAGUCCCAAUCCCAGCGGAAGGUUCACAGGCGUCUGCCUCAGCCUACUAUGGAACAGAUGCAUGCAGCGGUCGCCAUAGCAGCACAGACGCCCAAGAGCAAGUCCCAGGCCCCCCGUACCACCCCUAGCAUCGGAACUGCAACCCCUUCCUUCCAGAGACCCAUCUCACCCAUGAUGGCACCGGGAAGUGCGCGCAUCUCCUCCUCCCAAGCAUCCUCCAUCUACGAUACUUCAUCUUCUGGUGGUCUCCUAAGUGUCCAGCAACCAGGGAUGGUGGGCGGAAUCUCCCCCUCGGCACUCAACACCUCCAUCAGCCCCACACCACGAAAGGAUCAAGAGAGUAUGGAUAUGGAGGCCGGGAAGAAGAUACGACGUCGUCUGCCGCCCGUGCCUUUGGACCAAGAGCCUACCUCCGUCCCCCUACGUCGAACCAAGGAUCGAACUCGCACACUCUCGAUGGGUGCAAUGCCUCUUUCCACAUCCUCAGAGAGAUCAUGGGACAGGAGGAUACCGCAGAGGACAACAUCACUGGACGACGGAAUGUCCUUGACGAAAGCAUUAAACACGACAACGAGUUCGGACCUGGAUUUCUUAGGUUUAUCCUCUUCGACGGACACUUACCUUAAAUUUCUUACGUCUACAGAUUACGGUGGACUGCUUGGAUCUUCGCUUACUACUACAACCUCCUCUGUCUUAGCAUCAAUACCAUCCUCCAUUGGUCUAUCAACGACAACCAUGCUGGGUCGUCGGGACCUAAGCGCACCCCACAGCUUAUCUUCCUACUUGCGCAGCAGCGGAGUGGGAGUUGUGCCAUCUACCUCCGCCUCCUACCUUCUGGAUCACGCCACCACAGACACGGGCCCCAAGCUGCCCUCUUACCUGAUGUCAUUGAAGCAGCAACUGCGGGAGGAACUUAGAUCGGUCACUGACCAACGACGCCGUAUCACUGACCCUGACCUAUCUGGGCUACUCUCGCAAUCCUCAUGGCCAGAGACGUCUACAUACGACCCUAUUCGGAAGCUUGGCUCCACGACGUUGCCUUUGACGUCCGGCGGAGGUCGGUUAGGCGGCCCACAAGCCAGGCGCAACAGACACAGGAGACACGCCUCCGACACAAAACUAUCCAUGUUUUCCUCACUCGGCAGGGAUGACUUCAUGGAUGACCCCCUCUCCAGGUACAAAUUUUAUCAGCCCAGCAGUAGUAUGCCAUUCAAAUCGUUUGAGUUCGAAUCCAUCGACGACCACUUGAGGACGGACGGUCUCUAUAGUUCCUCUCCUUACACCAGAAGCUCAGCGCUCUUCCGGGGUUCUUCAACCUAUCCCAGGAGAUCCUCCCUCACGGACAUGACAGCAGACAGGAUACACCUCAGAGACACUUCCGUCAAUAGUUUAGGACUCUCGAAGACACGUGACUCGCCGGCCAUGAGAAAAUAUUCCAGAGACUUGGCCAGGCUACGUCGACACACCGACACGGGUUUAAUGUCUUUCGGCAUGGGUUUAGACCCCUAUGGCCGGACAACGGGUGGGUACAGCAUGGCGCAGCGCCACCACCACCUGAGGAAACCACGGUCAUGGCACCCGUCACCUUAUGUCUCAGAAGACGAAGACGAGAGGGAAGAGAAGAAAGCGAAGAUUAAAGCAGAAAUAGCGAGACGAAGGCAGCAUAUAGAAGAGAACGCCAGGUUACACGACGAGCUAUACAAAAUCGCCAGAGUUAGAGAUGCCACAGGCUAUGUGAGCCCAGCGUAUGGCGACCGCCUUUACACCAGCCCCAUUUCUUUGGAGAGUGGAGGGUCGUCGCAGGAGUCGACCCGGGACCAGGACGCUUUGCAGGCCAUGGACGUCUACCGCAGCCACCCUUACUCCUCCUCCUCCGCCUACGUAUCGCCACAUCAUUCGAGGUCACUUUCCUCAAGAUAUGAUGGGGUUAGUCGUUCUCAUAGCCAGCCCUGGCAGUACGAAUACGGAUAUUUGGAGGAUGACCCCUUAGAUCCCCUUAAUGACCCAUUCUACGAUUACUCACCCCCGGUGACAGACUCCGAGGCGGAUCUAGCGCCCAUGCCUCUGCUACCAGAUAUGCCUACCCGGUCUCGGAAACUUCUGCAAGACCUAGGCAGCACACCACUGCACCAUCAGCCUUACAGUGAUCCACCCUCCAAACAGCACUACUCCAGAUCAGGUGGAGUUCCUUACGACGACGACUACGUUGACAGUCGAGAGCCUUUGGAUGACGUGCGACGUCAUGCACCACAUUCACAGUCAUCAGGAGAUCGUCACCAGUCCACCUACCUGCGGAAAGCUCAAAACUCGAAAACCAGUCAAAAGUACGACUUUCCUGUAAAAAGAAUUUUGCUCACUCGAGAUCCUAAAGACCGUUCCGUAAGUGGUAAUGGCUUGGGAAUGAAAGUGGUUGGUGGGAAGGAGAUCCCAGGGAGCAAUGGAAUGAUUGGAGCAUACGUCGCCCGGAUAUAUCCGGGAGGUGUCGUCGAAACGCUGGGAGAAGUCAGGGAAGGAGAUCAAGUGUUGGAGUGGAAUUGUGUUCCUUUGACGGGGAAGACCUACGAAGAAGUUCAGAGAAUAAUCGCCUCCUCAGGAGACGAAGUGGAAAUUGUCAUUCGCAGCGACUUCAACAUGUUGAGUUCUCGAUCAUCCUCUCAUCAUCAUCAUCACCAUCAUCAGCAACCGCAGAAUCAAUCUCGGUUGUCUCGGAGUAGCGGUCACUCCGAUCAGCAGAGCGGUCACUCACGGUCCAACAACCAGUCCUAUCACCAGUCAGGCAGCUACAGGACGUCAAGGGGCGACACGGACGGCUACAACAGAAACUACGACAGCGCUGACUACCACCUCCAUUCCAUGGCGGAUGAAGGAGUUCAUAACUCAAACUACCUGGAGUCUGAAAGGAGUGGCUCGGCGUCCCCUUCUAGAGGUUACCGACAGUCUUCAAAUCGACAACAAAGGAUUGGCUCACCCACGGGAAAAGGAGAUACCACAGAGAACAAGGAGAAAUACCGAGCAGAAAACAUUUCUGGCGAAAUACAGCUCCAAGUGUGUCAUGAUUCUAAGGCGAAGAUCCUGUAUGUUACGAUCGUUCGAGCGAGGAAUUUAGUGACUUCCAGAGAUAACAGCGGGCUUCCAGAUCCUUACGUUAAGUGUUAUCUUUUACCUGAAAGAUGCUUCGAGAAUCAACGGCGCACUCGUUACUUUUCACGAUGCAGCAAUCCGGAAUGGAAGCAGACAAUGGUCUAUCCGGAGGUUUCUCUGGAACAACUGAAGAAGAAACAUCUAGAGAUAUCAGUCUGGAACUACGACAUCAACAGACCUCCAGAAUUUCUCGGAGAGGUCAUCAUCGAUCUCAAAGAUUCUUCUGUGAUCGAUGAGCAGUCCAGGUGGUAUAAACUUCACCCUCAUGAUCCGAAAAAGUAUCCGUGUCUUUCGUCCUCCCUCAACAACGAAGGAUCCAUGAAAAUGGCCAGACUCAAUAAUCCCGCUCAAAAGACCCUCUACUUCGAGAAUGGAGGAGAUGACAUCAGAAAGAGCAACAACUUGGAGAAGAGAUUUUUCAAACAGUUGACGAAGAAGUCCAAUAUCAACGAGAACUACGCUAGGGCCAGUGAGCAGUCAAAGUUGGCGACUUCCAGCACUUCACACGGGCAACAUUACCGCUCAUCCUCUACUUCCACAGGGCUGUCAUGGCGCUGUUUGUUCCAUCCUAUGACUGCCAAGCAAAGCGUUGCAUCGCCAGUUAUCCAAGUCGAAUUCCUACGCAGCGCUCGCAGGUUCUAUCACCCCAUUCUGCCUUAUUUCACAAAUAAGACCUUCAAUCGUAAAUAUAAAUUUGAGUCGUAAACAACCCUGUGUUAGCCAUAAGUGCUUAAUUGAAGACUGCACUCACCUAGAGGAGAAUUAAGAACUUAUUUUCCAAUACAAACUGUUGGACUUUUCUUCUGAAAAAAAAAAGAAGUUGUUGCUGCUUCCAAACUAAACAAAACGAGGAUGUUUGCUCCUUCAUUAAUCUUCAACGUUUUAUAACAUUUUUUCGAAUAAAUUAGUGGUCGAUUCCGGUGGUCUCAUGGACAUCGAAAAACAAGAAAAAACUAUCAGUCUCAAAAUACCUGAUCAGAACAGUUCUUUUUUGGCUGCUUAAUUAUUGAUUUUGAACAUUUUUUACACGCGCUGCGAUAUUAAAUAUUUUUUCACCUAUUUAUGAAAUAAAUUAUUUUUACAUCAAUUUAUGAAAUCGAUUAUUUUUACAUACACUUAUGAAUUGGAACAUUUUGACGUCCUUAAAAUAGUUUUUGCAUACCCUUAUAGAACAUUUUUGCUUGCAUUUAUGCUUCAGAAAAUAAAACUUUAUUCUUUAAGUACUCGUAAGCAUUAUUACUAUAUAGUAUCAAAUUAAAUAUAGUAUUCUCUAUUACUCUCUUAUUGAUUCAUAUCUCUGUUGAUCUUAAUUUAUGCCUAUAGUGUAUUCGCAAAGCGAACACAUCCAAUUAUUGAAGUAUUAUUCGAGAAUGCUUUUAGAGAAUUAUAAGAUUUAUUGGAAUUAUAAAAAUUCAAUGAAUUAUCAACCCAAUCUAAAAACCUUUAACUGAAUUAUCAAUAUAUACUAUUUUUUAACAUUUUAAUUUCUCUUAUAAAUUUUUUAAAAAAAUCUACUUUUUUAAAAGCAAUGAC